UGCGGGUUUUUCGUUCUCCCUCGCAUUUUUCUCUCUUUCUUUUGUUCUUGCAGAUUUUUUGUAGCACGCAGCGAUGGCUAUGGAGGCUCGCAAGCGCGAGGCGUUGGAGACAACUGCUGAUGGAGCGCCUGUGACCAAAGAGCACAGGGUGGAGGCCAAAGAUUACGAUAGAAUUCCCAAGCCCCAUGUUCCAAGGGCUUUGUUCGCUGUAGACAAUGACCAUCCGCUGGGAUCCCCCGACCACGAUCACUCCGGAUUGUCUGUGCUGCAGCAGCAUGUCGCCUUCUUUGAUCGCAACAAGGAUGGGAUUGUUUAUCCUUGGGAGACUUUUCAAGGCUUCCGAGCCAUCGGAUUCAACUUCGUGUUGGCGUUCAUUGGCAUGCUUUUCAUCAACGGAUCCAUGAGCUAUGCAACUCUCGAGAGCUGGAUUCCGUCGCCCUUGUUUCCCAUUUACAUAAAGAACAUUCACAAGGCAAUACAUGGCAGUGACACUGGAAUAUACGACCAUGAGGGACGCUUUGUUCCUGCAAACUUUGAGCAACUCUUCGACAAGUAUGCUCGUACACACGCUGAUAGAAUGUCAUACAAGGAGAUCAUUGCGAUGACUCAAGGCCAAAGAGAUGCGUUUGACCUGUUUGGAUGGACUGCCAAUAAGUUAGAGUGGACUGCUACAUAUUGGAUUCUUGGAGAGAAGGGCUACAUGUCUAAAGAUGCUAUCAGGGCAGUCUACGAUGGGAGUGUUUUUGAAUAUCUUGAGAAACAACACAAGCAUCAACAGAAGUUGCAGUGAAUACUAUUAAAAUGUCUUUUUGGCUUUUCUAUUUUUAUUAAAGUUUAAAUAGAAAAAGUUGGACAUUAUAAAAGCUUU